AUGUCCUUGCGUUGUGCAGCCUCUCCGUUCGUCAUGCUGGUGAUGGCAUCUAUACCGCCAUGUGCGAUGGUGCUGGCGCUGGUGGUGGUGAUGAUUAGGGCGACGGUGCAGGUGGACUGGCUGGCAGCGGAGCUGAGCCCAUGUGCAUCUGCUAUAACAUCUACUAGCAAGCCAAGCAGUGCUUGUUGUGACAAGUUAAAGGAACAGAAGACUUGUCUCUGCCAGUACUUGAAGAACCCUGUCCUCCAAAAGUUCAUCAGAUCCGAAGGUGCCAAAAGAGUCGCCGCAACUUGUAAAACCCCCUACCCGCAAUGCUAA